GCACUCCGGAACGUGUCGCACGUCGGACUGGUUUCCUGCACAAAGCGGAAGUCGGUAGAAGAACAGUCCUGGAGGUGACCGUGUCGGAUUUGGUUUCUCUUAUUUGAAGAAGGAAAGGAGUGAGAAGAAGUUGAAGUAGGUAUAUGGUGUUGGUUUAGAGGGGAGAAUGGGGUCUCAUCUGGUGCGCAGUUACCUCACGGAGCGGGACGCAACACCGGACCCGAAAGGUCCGGUUUCACACGACCCGCAGUUCGGCUUCACGGAGGAGAGAAAAGAGAGAGAGCCCGUGGCCACGCAGGAGCAGAUGAACUUGGCCAUGUUGCCUCUGGAGCAGCGAGAUUACUGCGCUCACCACCUGAUCAAGCUGAUGAAGUGUAAGCGAGACAACUUCCCCAACUUCCUGGCCUGCAAGCACGAGAGGCACGACUGGGAUUACUGCGAGCACCAGGAUUACGUGAUGCGGAUGAAGGAGUACGAGCGAGAGAGGAGACUGAACCUGAGGAAGAAGAGGAUCGAAGCGCAGGCGGCGUAAUCGUCCGUCUUCAUCCCUCCAUCUCACCUGCUUUCCUUUUCUUCAUUCCCUCCUCCUCUCUCUCUCUCCCUCUGUGUAAAUACCAAACUGCUCUCUGUAAUAAAGAGCUCCUUUAUCCUGCUCGUGA